UGUAAAGUAACCUCAUCCAAAAAGUGGUCAGCAGCUGGAACUAACGGUAAGCCUGCUGGCAUUAGCCGCUCAUGAGGUAAUCCCAGCGAUGGGUUAAUGUAAGAGAAACGCCUCAACGGUGUCAGGCAACGUGCUUGGGGAGUAAAUGGGAGUGCAGCCAGAGAUCGCCCUAUAUAUAGAGGCGGCAUUGUGCACGAAUGGAAGUAUAGCACUUGGAGAAUUGGCUGAGAAAUUAGCGGAGAGAACGGAUAAAUACGGCCAUUUUCGGCUCCCGAAGGACAGGAGUGACGACAAGAAGGCGAAGUUAUUCCUCACUAAACAAUAAAGAGACACGGAUGGGCUUCGGAACGUAAAAGCAUCGGGGUGGACAGGAGUUUAGGGCCGAGAGGAUAGGGAUCCUAAACACCGGAGCAUUAAUUGCUUGGAUGGCGAUCUCGGGCUGGUGAUGGACGUUGGUCCGCUGGUAAUUUCCCAUUCGGGGUGAGCGUUUCAUCGUUCCCGUCCAGGGGGACCCGCGGAGCCGUAGGACUAGACCUUGUGGGAGCAGAUGAAUGAUAAGGCGCAGCAGACCAGAGCCGGUGCGAUUGUCAUCUCUCGAGUGCGCAGUCGGACUUUUGUCAGAUGCACGGCAGAAUCUGGAGCGAUUGAGUUUUCUAUGACGGGAAUUGUUGACCUCAGCUGCCGCAGUUCGAACAGCUAGCGCUUCUGCUGGAGGGAAGGAAGGAAGGAAGGCGCAGGCGGAAGAGGCCGAACAGUAGAAUUUGACUCGGGACGGGACCGCAUUGCGACGGGAGAAGGCAGGUGUGGAGCGGGGCAGAGCGUAGUCGGCAGGAAACGUCGAGUACACAGUGGAUAUGAGACAAUUUUCUCGAGGAGGCACGAGGAGUGUUGCUGCAAUUCAUGGCUCACCUGGAGGUGUAUAGAAUAAGGAAGCUGGUCAGGAACCGAAGGCCCCAAGAUUCCGAUGCGUGAGACCUCUCUAAUUCUGUCGGGCGAAUCUGGAACCCCAGAAUUUUUGGUAGUCGCUCGGUUAGGAUUGAGGAAUCCUUGACACCCUCCCAUCCCUUGCAGUCGGACCAGUACAGGCCAGCCUAUUCCGCAGAAUCCAGAGCACUCGCUGGAAUUGGAGUCACGAAGACAUGGAUUCUCCUUUCAUGGGCGGCCGAAUGAUGGAUUCCCCGUACUCUGGUCGAGUGCAGGACUCUCCUUUCUUACGCGCACAAGAAGCGAAAUAUGGCUCCGGUUUCUCUCUCGGCCCCGGGAUGCACGAAGCAGGUGCUUCCGAGGGUGGAGGAGCUGGUGGAGGAGCUGUCGACACUCCUCAGAGCACUGCCGACCUCACAGCUUUUGUCCAAAAUCUGCUGCAGCAAAUGCAACUGCGAUUCCAGUCGAUGUCCGAUGCCAUAAUCGUGAGAAUUGAUGAAAUGGCUUCGCGCAUCGAGGAGUUGGAGAAGGCAGUAGAUGACGUACUAAGGGAGGUGACUACAGAUGAGGACGGUGUUUUACCGUCGCCUUCCAGCUCUCCAAUCAGGAAGCCUCUAGCUGCCCCUGCAUCCCCUGACAUCAGGAAAUUGAUGUCCGGAUCAGGAUCGUUCUCUGGAGUACCGAAUUCUCCUUCCACUGCCAGAUACGGGUCAUCAGGAACCCCAGACAUCCGGAGGCAAGUGAGCGCUGCAGCAGCUUUGAGCACGCCCAAGUCACCAGAUCCACGACGACAUUCGGCCCAGGGUUUGUACGUGCCGAAUUCACCAGAUCCCAGACGACAUUCGGCCACAGGAAUUUUCGGCCCAGGUUCUCAGACAGUGGGAAUUUCUCCUGAUGUUCGUCGUCAAACUCUGCCGGGCAACUAUGUUCCCACGUCGCCUGAUGUUCGAAAGAACCCUGGAGCCGGCGGUACAAAUGUGCCUAGUUCUCCGGAUCCAAGAAGACGCACAGAUACUUACGCAACGGGGAUGAGAUAGUUUAUAUUUGAGACCUUGAGAAGGCAGUCCCAGACGACCAUAUUCUGCCUGGUCUUCAAGAAGGCUUCUGCUGUUUAAUUUAACAAGACUGUUUUGAGGAUGCCACUUGGAGGCUACUUCCCCUAGGUACACCUGGUCUUCACAACCCAGCCACUGAAUAUGUGAUAAGUAGAUGCGUUUUGUAGUCAACCAAAGCUUUCGCAAAUCAAGAUAAUGAUGCAGUUACUAAGUGACCAUUUUUUAGAGCCUUCUCUGUCGCAGAGUGUUGAUUCCUAGUCUAAUAGGAAUCACGGCCGUAUCGAUCAACAGCUUCCUUGGAAUUCAGUGCAUUCAUUAGUUAGCGUUUCAGAGUGAUUAGUGUCACUAACAAAGUUCUUUCUCAGUGAUAGUAGAAACACCAUGUCCAAGUCCGGUUAGGUGAUUGCAAGCAUACAUAUUUUGUGUCGACCUUCGGAGUAAUUUUCUUACUCAAUGUCAGAAUGACGAACCCUCCCAAUAAAGAUGCUUAGAAAAGUCGAAGAGU